CGAAAUAAGUAGAUACACACCCCUCCUAUUCUUUCCAAACAAUAUCCACAGAUCUCUGUUGUGGCCUCGAAAACGUUUCACCCAUGGUGUUUUGAUGCUGUACCAGUAAAAUUCUUCAAAUGCCUUCAACAACCAAUCAAUUUCCACCUUUCCUAGAGAUAUCGAAGUUCGGAAACCUCUCCCAUUCUCGCAAAUUCGCAGUCCGUCCAUUUUCCUUCCCUCGCUUACCAAAUCAAAAGUUUUAUUCUCAAUAACCAAGAAUCUCCGGUCAUUCUGGACUUCCAUGUUGAUUUCUUUUGUUCGCUUUAAGACCCCCACGUACCUUGCUAAAUAGGUGAGGAUGGCCGACCCAAAACGCCCUAAGCUUAUUCCCGAGUGUUUGAAAAGGAUUAAAACAGUAUAAAGACUGAUAGAAAGAAAGGAUCUGUUUUGGAAAGUUUAAGCGGAAAUGAAGAAUAGAGAGAAUUUUUUAGAGAGAGAAGUUUUAGAGAGAACUACAGGGUCUCUAUGGCAAAAAGAAAAGCAAUUCUUAGUAUUUCGUAUGUUAUUAAUCAAAUUUUGGUUGUUGCGAUCUUUUCUUUGGAGGUCUAAGUCUUAUAAAGAAAUGAAUUCUUUCUCUAUGACAAUAAGACAAGGGAAGUUUGCCAGUCUAUUAAACAUAAUUAGCUUUUGACAUUAAAAAAUCACCUUUUAAAAAGCAUAUGUUUCAUGUGAAAAAGUUAAUAGGAAAAUGAUGAAUUGCUUUUCAAUGAUGCUUGUCUAUUUUAUUUUGAUGCAAAUGUUGUAUAGGAAUGACCUCGCAAACAUAGUUAGACGCAGGGGAUACAAAAUUGUUAGAGAACUUCUUGCUAACUCAACAAAAUUAGAUCAUCACCAGCCCAGUGCAGAUGAAAAGCUAACUGCUACCAGUGAUAGUUUAACAGGUCUGGAUGAAAAGGUGAGCAAUGUUGUUGAAGAAGAACCCUCCUUAGCUCUAGUUUCCUAUUCAGAAAACUCUCUCUCUAAUUUGGGCGAUGGUGUGGGACUUGAUUCUGAUGAUGACUACAUCAAGGAAAAUAUAGUCAGCACUUUAACAAGUCAGGAAAAAAAUGUUUUCGGUGAUAUCGCCUUGUCAACCAGUGACCCUAUCGGGGAAAAUGAUUCUCGUGCUAUUGAUGCUGAUCCGGAUCUUAGUCCUGAUGACAGUGGCAUGCCUGUGGAAUCCUCUUCUACUUUGUCCUUAGAGGAAAACCCAUCAUAUAUGACUGAAGUUCCAACUGGGGAGGCAAAUGAUAUGGUUGAAUAUCUUUUCUCAUCCACAACUGCCUCCACUGUGGAAAACUAUUCUGAAGGUCCAAAUGAUAGUUUAUGUAUCAAACCUGAUGAUGCUUGCAUUGGUGGAGAAUCCUUGCGCACAUCAACCUUAGAAGAAAAGGUAGCAAAUUUUAUUCAGAACGGGGAUUUGGAUAUGCUUGAAGGUAAGUUCUGUGAACGCAUAUCUCCAACAUUAGAUAAUGUCUACAGCAUGUUAAGUGAACAUACUGAAGAAAGUGAGGAGCUUGUUGAAAGACAGGAUGAACUAGGAAUUCAAUCAAGGACUGACGAAGAACCCUUCAGACAUGAUUGCAGUAGCAUGAUGAAUGCUGGUUUGAUGUUAAAUGGAAGUAUAUUUCAACCAAAGGAUGUUACUUCAAUUGCAACAUUAACGGAUUCUCAUAGGGAUGACUACCCAAAAGCUGAAGAUGCUGGUGUUGACAAGGAUCUGAAUGUUGAGACUAUCAGAAGAGAAAAUCAGAUCGAAAUUAAUCAUCUCAAGUUUUUGCUGCACCAAAAGGAGCUGGAAUUAACCAAGUUGAAGGAGCAGAUUGAGAAGGAAAAGCUUGCUCUAUCUGAUCUGCAAACAAAGGCUGAAACAGAAAUUAACAAGGCUCAGAAACUUAUUUCAGAGAAAGAUGCUGAGUUACAUGCUGCUGAGGAAAGUCUAUCAGGACUUAAAGAGGUUGAGAUCCAAUACUGUGGGGAUGGUGAAACUGUGGAGGUAGCUGGUAGCUUCAAUGGUUGGUAUCAUCGGAUUAAACUGGAUCCUCAAACAUCGAGCAUCACUGAAUCAAUAGGUUCAAGGAAAUCCAGAUGUUGGUCAACGGUGCUGUGGCUUUAUUCUGGGACCUAUGAGAUAAAAUUUAUUAUUGAUGGUCAAUGGAGAACAGAUCCUGAAAGAGAGUCAGUUAGCAGGGGCUACAUAACUAACAAUAUUCUACGAGUAGCCAGAUAAUAUGAUUUUUCCAGGGAACAAAACUAUGCUGCACGGUUCAUCUCCGAGAUGGAAUAAAGCGGAAGAGAUGGAGGAAUGGGAAGACUUGUUGAAGCAUGUAGGAUUUCAGACUCACCGCUGCCAUUUUUGUAGUUAUGCAGCCAAAUAAGAUUGGUCCUUUCACAAUGUCUUUGCCUGAUAAUCUCUUCAAAUUUCAAUUGGUUUUUUGAAGACGUGAAUGGGUUCAAUUGGGAGAAUAGAUGGAGAGUAUAGAACUGUUUGAAUAAAUGUAGUUGCCACUGUUGCCAAUACAAGCUUAACAUUAUGUAAUUCAAAACUACAAAAGCUCAUGAUAUAACUCGAAUCAUAGUUUCUCCACUUGCAAAUUCAUGUUUGAAUGCAUUUCUUUCGGCGCC